UUGAUUUUUGUUUUGUCCCACGGACCAACGAACACAUUCACAGGCUGGCUAGUUAUCCGAUACAUAAUGGAAGACAGUUUUCGAAGGGGAAAUAUUGGGUAACUUUUUGCAGAUUUGACAACGUCUGUGGGUAUUUAGCAGUUAAUAGCAGACAAGAAGGAUUCAUAAUCUAACUAAAUUUUUGUGACGAGAUAUUGGUGAGGAUGUCAAAGAAGAAGAAACUUGCUCCGCCCAGUUACGGAGAAGUUUGCUUUUCCCUCCGUUAUGUUAUUCCAAAGAGGAAACUUACAGUUUCUGUCGUGGAGGCGAAGAAUCUGAUGGCCAUGGAUAAAAGUGGAACAUCAGAUCCAUAUGUGAAAGUUAGUUUAAUAGCCUUCCAGAAAACGAUAGCAAAGAAGAAGACGAGAGUGAUCAAAGAAACUCUGAACCCCUUCUUUAACAAAACUCUAGUAUUCGACAUACCCUUCGAUCAAAUUAACGAGGUUACCAUGCUGAUUACAGUGAUGGAGUGGAAUAAACUGAGGAACAAACCCAUUGGUGAGGUGGUCUUGAGUCAUGACGUCACUGGAAGUGGACGGGAGCACUGGAAAGACAUGUUUGCGCACCCACAGAAGCCGGUGGUAAUGUGGCACCAGUUGUCGGCGCCAGACUUAAGCAAAUCGUGACAAAACCAAAGCAUUGUUGUUAUCAAAUUUAGUUUUAAAAAGGUGGAAAUAGAAAAGGGGUGGGGUGUUGAAAUUCUGAAAUAAGCAGGACAAUGAUUAGAUAAUGUAAUGGCCUCUGUAGGCCUAUAGACAACGUCACGGAACAGGUAUGUAUGGGUGGGGGUGGGGUUGAGAGGAGAGAGGUCGUAACACCACCAAUACUCAUGCAUAUUAAUGUAACAAUAUUGUAUUCUGUGUAUAUGUGUACAUAUUCCUUUACCGUAGUGACUUAAGAUUUAAGAGAUUUGUUCUUUUUAUUUUUCGUUUUAUCUAUUCAUUUAUUUUUUAUUUUUAUAUUUUUUAACAGUAAUUCGAUUUACAAUCAGAGUUGUUUAGAGUACGAGCUUUGUCCCAUGAUUUACUCCCAGUAAAUAAAGCAUAUUAUUAAUUAUGUUGUAUUAUUGUUUAUAUUUAUUAUACACUUCAAUGAGAAAUGGUGUCACUGCAUCAUAGGAAACUUAUCGAUUGACUUUCUAAAGUAUACCUAGCUUGACACAUUGUUAAAUGCAUUAGAAUGUUUUCCACUGUAGAGUGUAUACUGAAUACAAUAAAACAAAUAGCUACUUA